AUGGCUCAAGGACCACCCCCAGCACAGAAAGGCGGCGUCGAAGCUUGUUCGACGACGAGAACAACUCGUGCCCAGUGCGCUCAUGCCGUGCAACCCGUUCACGGUGCGUCAAUGGUGCCCUGUCUGGCACCCUUGUCCACCAUUGGUGGACUUUGGCCAGCCGGCCCCAUCUUGACUCUCGACGACUGCUCCCUGGUCGACCGCCCUUUUUCAGUGCGGGAGCUUCAGUUUUGCGGGAGAAAAGGCGGGAUGGGCACCGCCGCAGCGGGCACGCCUCGUGCGCUGCACUGCAACACACAGCACAGCACUGCAUAUGUGGGCUCUGCCUGA